CAUUUAUUAGUUAGACCCGUAUUAAGAAUGUUCAUAUUAUGUUAUGGUAUUAAUACACACGUAGAGUCAAUAAAUACAUUCCAUAAUUUGAUCAUUUUUAUUUUCACACGUCCAAGUCCAAAAACUCUCUUACGACAUGCCGGAGAUAUUGCGUUUGAUGGAUCUCACGGCCUCAUUCCUCAUGGCCGUUGUGUUUCUUGCAUCUCCGGUUAUGAUUGAUGCCGCACGUUCUCCAGUUGAAAAGCUCAGCGAGGAUCCCAUUAAGUGCACACUUUGUAUCCAAAAUCCACCGCCUCCACCGUCUCCUCCUCCUCCUUCUUGUCCCUCGCCGCCUCCACCAUCUCCGCCACCUCCUUCUUCACCACCGCCUCCAAAAAUGUCCUACUGCCCACCGCCACCAAAGCAGGAGGUCUACUUUUCGCCGCCGCCACCUCCCCCUUCUUACGUAUACGCGUCUCCACCGGGAGACUUGUACCCCGUUGACCAUGACUUCGGAGGAGCGGCUGCUGGAGAGAUGUUCACCACCGUUAUGCUGAUUGCGCUUCUAGUUAUCGGUUUCAUGGUUCUUUGAAAAUCAAGGAUUGUGGAAUGUCUCAAUUUUAUUGUUUUCAUGUAAUUUUAAUUUUGGAACUUUAGUCAAUUUUUUAAAAUGAAUAUUUGUUUCGGUUUAGCGUAAGGGUAAUGUUAUAGCUAGCUGCUUAUAAUCAACUCUUUAGUUACUCUCAUGAUAAUUGAUGGUUGAAUUGAUUUAAAUUUACAGUUAGGAUCCAAUCAUGUUCCCAUCGUUGUUAUUUGCAUACAAGUGUUAAUAGUAUAAUGAAUUGUAGUUAAGUAUUGUGACAAUUAAAUUUUACUGCCACACAAACGACUUAUAUAGUGUCUCCAUAACUGGAAACAUCAUUGGAGUGCAUAUGGUGCCUGUGCAGGAUCUCAACUAAUAUUUUCAUGAUACAGUAUAACAAACUAAUAGAAAGUGAGUUUGGAUUCCGCAAGUUUUAGUUAUAAGCUUAUGUAGACGGCGUCGCAGAUUAUAAAGUUGAAUAGUGUAAUCCCACUGCCUCUAUUCACCAUCAUCUGAGAUAUUGUUCUAUAUUUUGCGUUUCUUGUUAUGGGGUCCAAGUAAAUAUUUUACACCUGAAUUAACAUAAUAUCUCAAUAUUUGCCUAGUUAGAUACAAUAUAACAAGCUAGCACACUUGGACUUGCCUAGUACAUUGGACCACACAAGAUUCAAGAAACUUGGAUUGGUGAUUUUGAUUAUGAAAUUUGAUAAAUAACAAAGUCAUUAUGUUAUCUUGUUCGUAUGUUUAACAUUGGACCACACCUGAAUUAACAUUAUGUUUAAUCUGUUUUCGACAGUGCAGUUUUUAUCUUGUUCGUAUGUUCUAAAUCGUCGACUACAUCACUUCUCUCUUUGUCAAUGGUAACAUAAUAACAUUACCGCAAGUCCGAGGGAGUUCUAAUGCAAUUCUUGAAGAAUUGAUGAGAUUCAGGAAGACUUUCAAGAAUUGUCUUUGCAGUUGGGUUGUAUCUCUCAUCUUGUUCAAAGACCUCUAGCUCCUUAAGCUCCUUAGUGAUAAAAAAAAAAAGCAAAAACCAAUCCAAGAAAGUAUAUGUCAUUGGGAAUAACUUGUGGGUCAUUGGUAACAUAAAAAAAAGAAAGGAUAAUACUGCACAAAACUUGUGAAAAUUGUUAUAAACUUAAUCAUGUCAAAUCAAUGCUACAUUUUUUUCUACUGAAAAUUUGGUCACUUCGCAGAUUAAUCCUAUUACAUUUGUCAUCCGCAGAACAUCACAAACCAAACGUGUAAACAAGAUUAAAAUAAUCAAAUUGUUUUACAAGAGAUCAAUCAAUAGUGAU